UGUACGCUGCUGUAACCCUGCAUCCAGCCCCAGGCUUCCCCAGUACUGCAAGUCUUCUCUUUGAAUGCGGGCCUAUCUGUACCGCUUCUAGAGAACCAGCCUGGUUACCAGCUUCAGCUCAAUGCCAAAAAUUAAAGGCAUAAUCCCAGAACACAGGGAGGAGAGAAGGCAGCAUAACAAGGCUGGCCAGCCCCCACAUGGCGUCCCCCAACUUUCUCCACUCUAUGAACAUUUCAGCAGUCCACACCCCAACCCUGCACCCGCGGACAUCAGCCAGAAGCAAGGAGUUCACAGGCCGCUGCAGACCCCUGAUCUCUCUGGAUUUUACUCUCUGACCUCAGGCAGCAUGGGACAGCUCCCCCACACUGUGAGCUGGCCCAGCCCUCCUCUCUACCCCUUGUCCCCUUCCUGCGGAUAUAGACAGCACUUCCCUGCCCCCACUGCAGCCCCUGGCGCCCCCUAUCCCAGGUUCACCCACCCGUCCUUGAUGCUGGGAUCUGGUGUACCUGGACACCCAGCAGCCAUCCCUCAUCCGGCCAUUGUACCCUCCUCAGGGAAGCAGGAGCUGCAGCCAUAUGACCGAAGCCUGAAAACACAGGCAGAACCCAAGGCAGAGAAGGAGGCUAAGAAGCCAACCAUCAAAAAACCCCUCAAUGCCUUCAUGCUUUACAUGAAGGAGAUGAGAGCCAAGGUCAUUGCAGAGUGUACACUCAAGGAAAGCGCUGCCAUCAACCAGAUCCUGGGUCGCAGGUGGCAUGCACUAUCUCGAGAAGAGCAGGCCAAGUACUAUGAACUGGCUCGCAAGGAAAGGCAGCUGCACAUGCAGCUAUAUCCAGGCUGGUCAGCGCGGGAUAACUACGGAAAGAAGAAGAGGCGAUCAAGGGAAAAGCAUCAAGAAUCCACCACAGGAGGAAAAAGAAAUGCAUUCGGUACUUACCCGGAGAAGGCCGCUGCCCCAGCCCCGUUCCUUCCGAUGACAGUGCUCUAGGCUGUCCCAGCUCCCCAGCUCCCCAGGACUCACCCUCUUACCUUCUGCUGCCCCACUUCCCCACAGAACUGCUUGCUAGCCCAGUGGAGCCAGCACCAACAUUCUCAGGUCACUCUGCAGCUGUCACUCUUCCAGCUCCUGAGUCCCCAAAGACCCUCCACAGCACCCUCCAGAAUACACAAGUACAGCAACAGGAACCUCAGAGGCAGGCAGCCUAGCACACACAGGACACCUGGCUUGCUCCAUGGGCCCACCCCUAACUCAAGAGGCAACAAGACCAGAUCACAGAACUGGUUAGGGGUCCUCUCCAGGUGCUGAAGAUUUCAAAGGCUGCUUAAACUACUCCCUGAACUGGAGGCCAUCAAGUCAUGUGGUAGGGAUCACAUCUGUGCAGCUGUUUCGUCUCCCGAAGGGCAUCCUGGUACCUAUGGUAGCCAUACCUUUUCUUUUUGUCAUGCCUUGCUAGCUGGAUGCCCCUACAGUUUUUUGGUUUUUUUUUUUUUUUUUUUGCUUGUUUGUUUUUGUUUUUUCUGCAGGUCAGAUGAGCUGGACUGACUGAGUUCAGCUGCCUUUUCUACAAAUGUCUGUCUGCCACACCUCCAUGCCAAUACUUCUUGGACCAAGAAUACCUGCUUUAUCACACAAGAUGACUUUGUGGUUGGUCACCAGCCACAAAAGUCUAAAUAACGCUUCUCUCUUAAGGAGCAGAGAAGCUCUGUUUACAAAGAACAGCUGCUGUUUGUAAGCUGGGCCAGGGGAAGCUUCUUACUAUCUUCCCAGGAGCUUGCAAGAGGAGGAAAUGGGAUAGGUUAGGUUUAAGGUCUUUCAACCUAGGCAACAAAAUAACACCAACCCUACCUACUGGUGGACAGUACUCAGCUUUAAUUAGAAUGACUUGGAAAUCUUUCCUGAGAAACUCACCAGCCUUAGAAACUACAGUCAAUAAACUGAAGUUGGCUUAAAUCCAGUGUGCACCUUCCCAGUGCCAUUUCCAGGCUCAUCUGUGUCAGCUGAGUCACAGCUCCUGGGUAGCCGUGAGAGGGCAAAUCCCAAAUCCCCCACCCGCCAGAGCCCAUCUUUCAGCAUUUAGAACUGGCCAGCUUCAGUCUCUCCGAGGCUGCAGGAAGGAGGAGAUCUGUGACAACUAAAGCAAGGAGUUCAUAAAUCCUCUUGUGGUGGGCAUGGUUCUUUGCCACGUUCUAGAAACCCUUUGAGCCAAACUUAACCCUGAGCCUUGAAAAACAAGUUUUUUUGUUUAACUUUUUUUUUUAAAUUCUUUUCACUGUAUAUAGCCUGAAUCCAAAGAAAAGGGGCUACCAAUGUAUUCAACACACCUUUAAAAAAAAAAGCGCCUUAGUUCCUACUUUAACCACUGGUUUCUCAAUCCAAAGAUCAUGUUUCUAGUGUAGUGUGUUACAAGUGUUGAAAAGAUUGCUGGAAUGUGGUGGUUCACACCUCUAAUUCCAAUACUUGGGAGGUAAAGGCAGGUGGAUCUCUCUGAGUUCCAGGACAGCCAGGGUUGUAUAGAGACCUUGUCUCAAAAAAGAGAAAAAACCUGAUGUAGUAUCCCAAAUAUUUUUGUAUUAAUGCGUUAUCAUAGAAAAACUUUUUUAAGAGAAUAAAGAUACUUUUUACUGGGUUUGUUUUUCAAA